AGCCCUGUCAUACAGUGUAUUCCCAGGGGCCCCCGAGCCGCACAGUAAGGAGACUGCAGCCUCACACGGUAAUGUAAGUAGCCCUGUCAUACAGUGUAUUCCCAGGGGCCCCCGAGCCGCACAGUAAGGAGACUGCAGCCUCACACGGUAAUGUAAGUAGCCCUGUCAUACAGUGUAUUCCCAGGGGCCCCCGAGCCGCACAGUAAGGAGACUGCAGCCUCACACGGUAAUAUUUGUGUUUCCCCAAUAACCAAUAACUUUCAGACCCCCCGGACCCCAUGGCUCACUUGUUUAAGGCCAUAUGCAGGCUGGAAAGGUCCGGCAGAACCUCCCAUAAUGUAACGGUAUUACAGUCAGUACUUGGGCCCAUCGGGGUACAACCGACCCAUACAUGUGGCUUCUCCACGCAACCCUCAGGCAGAACCGACUCCUAUAGUUACAUCAUUGUUGGGGCCGGUUCUGCUGGAUGCGUCUUGACCAACCGCCUCUCAGAAGCCCCAGAGGACUCGGUUCUGGUGCUGGAAGCCGGCCCCAAGGACCUUCUGCUUGGGUGCAAGAGACUGUCAUGGAAGAUCCACAUGCCGGCCGCCCUUAUGUACAACCUCUGUGACGACAAAUACAACUGGUUCUAUCACACGGAACCCCAGGAACACAUGGACAACCGGGUCAUGUACUGGCCCAGAGGGAGGGUGUUGGGUGGUUCUUCUUCGCUAAACGCCAUGGUGUAUGUCCGGGGCCACGCCGAAGACUAUAACCGGUGGAGCAGGGAAGGUGCCGCUGGGUGGGAUUAUGGCUACUGUUUGCCUUAUUUCAAGAAGGCCCAAACGCACGAGCUCGGUUCUGAUACCUACAGGGGCGGGACUGGACCUUUGCACGUGUCACGGGGAAAAACCAAUCAUGUUCUUCACCGAACCUUCAUCCAAGCUGGGCAGCAGGCCGGGUACCCAAUCACCGACGACAUGAACGGCUUCCAGCAAGAAGGACUUGGGUGGAUGGACCUGACCAUAUAAGAGGUAGGUCAGAGAUGGAGCGCGGCCAGCGCCUACCUACGGCCAAUAAUGUCCAGACCCAACGUGGCCAUUCGGGAAGAGUCACUGGUGACCAAGAUCCUGUUCGACGGACUGAGGGCGGUGGGGGUUGAGUAUCUUCAGUGCGGGCAGAGGAAAAGGGCCUAUGCUAUGAAGGAAGUGGUACUGAGUGGAGGGGCAAUAAACUCCCCCCAGCUGCUGAUGCUGUCGGGGGUGGGGGAUGCUGAUGACCUGAAGAAGUUGGGGAUCCCGGUCGUUGCUCAUCUCCCAGGAGUCGGGCAGAACCUGCAGGACCAUUUGGAGGUGUAUAUCCAGCGGCAGUGCACCCGACCCGUUACCCUGUACCGGGCCCAGAAACCCCUGCGUAUGAUAAGGAUCGGCCUGGAAUGGCUCUGGGGAUUCACAGGUGACGGAGCGACGUCCCAUUUAGAAUCGGGGGGCUUCAUCCGAAGUGGCCCCAACGUGGAGCACCCCGACAUUCAGUUCCAUUUCCUGCCCUCACAGGUUAUAGAUCAUGGAAGGGUUAAUCCCAAGAUAGAGGCUUUUCAGGUUCAUGUUGGCACCAUGAGAGCAACCAGUCUGGGCUGGAUCAAACUCAGGAGUUCUGACCCAAGGGACCCGCCCAUUAUAAACCCAAAUUACCUGUCAACAGAGAAGGACGUUACAGAUUUCCGUCAAUGUGUGAAACUGUCCAGAGAAAUUUUUGCCCAAAAAGCAUUCGAUGAUUUCCGUGGCCCUGAAGUUUUACCAGGGCCAAACGUUCAGUCGGAUAAAGAAAUCGACGCCUUCAUCAGGCAGAAAGCCGACACGGCGUAUCACCCCUCCUGUACCUGCAGAAUGGGCCGACCCAGUGACCGCGGCUCCGUGGUGGAUCCCCACACAAGGGUUAUAGGGGUGGAAAAUCUAAGGGUGGUAGAUGCCUCCAUCAUGCCCAGUAUCAUCAGCGGCAACUUAAACGCCCCGACCAUCAUGAUUGGCGAGAAAGCUUCCGACAUCAUCAAGGGAAUCCCGCCCCCGCGGGAGGGGGACGUCCCCGUCUAUAAACCGAAGAGCCGGGCAACUCAGCGAUAAAUUCCCAAAAUCCUGAAUACUCAGUGCGAUGUGGGAAGGGUUAGGAUUCAAAUUCAAAAUAAAUUUUACAAAUUGAA